AUGUUUCUUCUUAAUUGGUUUGGAGGUAAUAGCAAUUAGAGUGGCAAGAACAAGAAAAAGAAGAAGAAGUAAAAUGUGGUGUAGAAUCUCAACAAGACUUUGAUAAAUCCCAUGAAGGAAAUCAAAUUAUUUGGACAUUCAAAGAUGGGAUAUGGUCCCAAAAAGACUGAAUGUCAAGAUUCCUAUUGUACUAUGGAAAGAUUUACUGAAGAUUGUUAUUUCUUUGCAGUGUAUGAUGGUCAUGGUUCCUCAGGCAAAGAAGCAUCCUAAGCAGCCAAUGAUUAUAUUUAGACAUUCUUGGAGAAAAACCCAAAGAGAAUCAAGGCAUUAUAGAAUGAUAAACAAAGAGAGAGUUUUUUGAAGAGUGCUUUUAAAAAUGCUGAAGCAAAACUCAGAUCUUCUGGUAUAGAUUACAGUAAUUCUGGAACAUGUGCAAUAUCAAUAUUUGUAGUUAAGAAUAUGUGUUACAUUGCUAAUCUGGGUGAUUCCAGAGCAGUACUAUUUAGAUAAACUGCAAAAGAGAAACUGGGCCAUUGA